ACAAUCUGACACAAGACAACUUAUGCAUAUGUUUGAUACAAAAUAUAUUUUAGAAAUAUUUAAAUAAAACGUACAUACUUGUAUAAACUAACAAUGCCGGUCGAUUGUCAAAGAGGAACAUGCGGUGGAAAAGGCAACAAGGGGAUGUUUUUCGAAAGGAGUCCAAAUAUUUGUGCUGCGGGCUUGCCUACCCAGCAGCCUGAUGAACAAGUGAAAGAUUCUCUGCAGCACUAUCUUCUGAAGGAUGAAGUAGACGCCUUAAUGAGCGAUGCCAUUAUUCCAGAAAAGAAACCGCGUCCUUUGCCACCUCUUCGUCAUCCGAUUCCAAGAGACAGACGUUUUGCAGGCAUGUUUGGGGAGGUACCAGAGCUCGUCAAUCCACCAAAUAAGUCUAAAUUCCGAACACUUAUUGAAGAUUUUAAAAAUACCGCUUACUCAUCAUAUUGGAAAAAACCUCUUGGAAGCUUACCUGAUCCAGUGCCUAUGUUACCAGAAGGAUUCGAUCGUUUUACAAAUUUUGGCAAACCAACACCUUAUCAUGGACGUUUAUAUGAUAUUGUUAUGCCAAAAGAUCCUUAUCCCGAUAAAACUCCUGCAUCCAAGAAACCCGGAGCGCAAGUGGACUACCAUUAUUGUCAACCCGCUUUCAGACCUGAUCUUACUUAUGGUCACAGGUCAAAUAUUGAUAAAAGAGGAAUUUACGUAAGGUGUUGCCUCACAGACGACAGAGUCAAAUUAGGCACUGGAGGUAGAGUGAUUGUUAAUACUAUACAAUCUAAUCAUCAAAAUGCAAAUCAACCUAGGAUUGGAAAAGUGUUAGCGCCAUAUGACAACAUAAGUAACGUACCAAAAGGAUAUAGUUUUGGCAAGUUGAAACCUCCAGACAAUUUGCCUGAGUGCCUUACAACUUGUGAAAUAAAUCCAGAUCGACUUUUCUUUUUGACAUGUUUAAAACAUUUAAACACCCUUCGCAAGUGUUUAUCAACAAGAUUUUUGGCAACAUUUUUCCGUGGAUUUUAUUUAAAUUUAAAAUAUUUUGAUAAAGAAAAAACUGGUUGGCUUCCUAAAGAAACUGUAUAUGAAUUUUGUGGAACCAAAUUAAUUAGAUUUGAUCCAAAAUUAAUAGAGCCAUUGUUGUCUAUGUGGCAAGCUUUUGACGGAUCAAGAAUUGAAUAUAAAACUUUCGUGCACGUUCUGAAUUACAGAGAGCCAUCGCCUGAAAUGCCAAAAGUGGAAGAUGUACCGACAGAUUGCCUUGAUUUUCUUACAACCUACACAGAAAUGGUGCAACCAAAAGAGCCAGAUAACAGUCGCAUGGCUGGAGUGCCUUCUGGAAGAUACUUUGAUUUAGAUUUUCCGGUCACACCGGAUAAUUGCUCUAAAGCUGAUAGAGCUUGCUUACCACACGAAUCCGACGUGAAAUCUUGUUUAUGCCCUAGUGCUUUGACUUUACUGCAUGUUAACCACCGACACAUGUAUGCCAAACGUGAACCAGAAGUUGUUAGAAGAGUAUUUGAAGCGAGCGGUGAAAACUUUACUGAUGAAAGUUUUAAUGCUAUCUGGGAAGAAGCUAAAAAGUUUCAUUCGCAAGGCUGGGUUUGCUAUGAAACUUUCAGACGAGCUUUAGAGGGUAAUAAAAAAGAAGACUAAUAUUAAACAUUUUUAAUAUUUCAAACCAUUGUAUUUUCUAGUCUAGUAAUUUUUUGCAUUGUUAUAAAAUUUAAAUAACUAUAUUUGGAUUUGGAUAUGAUAUACCUAUUAUAAUUUUGUAAAUUAUUAAUAAGUCAAUAAAAUAAUCUUGAGUU